AUGCGUGCGACCGAGGCUUGUUGGUUUUGAAUGGGCUUGCUUGCAUUUUCCUGGUGAAAUAAUCCAUUUGUACAGUAAUAAACACGCGAAAUGGACAGUCGGUUGCAGGAAAUUCGUGAGAGGCAGAAGCUAAGACGACAACUUCUUGCACAACAGCUGGGAGCAGAAAGUGCAGACACCAUUGGCGCCGUUCUCAACAGUAAACAGGAGCAAAAGGAGAUUGAAGAGACAAGAGAGACAUGCAGAUCAUCAUUUGACACGACAGCGACCGGCUCCAAAAGGAAAUGCCAGAAUGAGGGUGAGGACGCCGAUGAGGACGUUGAGGAGCAGAGAGAGGACACGGAGCCUCAGCAGCAGGAGGACAGCGGUCCAUUCGAAGAGGUCUACAAGGACUCCAGCACGUUUCUGAAGGGGACGCAGAGUCUGAAUCCUCAUAACGACUACUGCCAGCAUUUUGUGGACACGGGACAUCGACCGCAGAACUUCAUCAGAGAUGUGGGUCUGGCUGACCGAUUUGAGGAGUACCCCAAACUCCGGGAACUCAUCCGGCUCAAAGACGAGCUCAUCUCCACUACAAACACACCGCCCAUGUACCUGCAGGCCGAUCUGGAGAACUUUGAUCUUCGGGAUCUGAAGUGUAAAUUUGACGUGAUCCUGCUGGAGCCUCCGUUAGAAGAGUAUUACAGAGAGUCAGGCAUCAUCGCCAGCGAACGCUUCUGGACCUGGGAUGAUAUCAUGAAGCUGGAGAUCGAUGAAAUCUCAGCACUGCGUUCUUUCGUCUUUCUCUGGUGCGGCUCAGGAGAGGGGCUUGAUCUCGGCAGGAUGUGUUUGAGGAAAUGGGGGUUCAGGAGAUGUGAGGACAUCUGCUGGAUCAAGACCAACAAAAACAACCCGGGAAAGACCAAAACACUAGACCCUAAAGCGGUGUUUCAGAGGACCAAGGAGCACUGCCUGAUGGGUAUUAAGGGUAUGGUGCGGCGCAGCACAGACGGUGACUUCAUCCAUGCCAACGUGGACAUCGAUCUGAUCAUCACAGAGGAGCCUGAGAUGGGCAAUAUCGAGAAGCCUGUGGAGAUUUUCCACAUCAUUGAGCACUUCUGCCUUGGACUCAGACGUCUGCAUCUGUUCGGGCGAGACAGUACCAUCAGGCCAGGCUGGUUAACCGUCGGACCCACACUAACCAACAGCAACUUCAACGCUGAAGCAUACUCUGCCUACUUCUCAUCCUCCCACCUCUCUGGCUGCACAGAGGACAUUGAAAGGCUCCGCCCCAAAUCUCCACCCCCUAAGCCAGAGGGGUGCAGGGGGGCUCCGCGAGGGGGCCGAGGUGGAGUGGCAGGGGGUCGAGGUGAACGCGGGCGUGACAGAAACCGACCCAACUUUCGAGGAGAGCGGGGUGGGUUCAGAGGUCGUGGCGCACCUCACCGCGGAUUUCCUCCACGAUAAAUUCACCUUUUUAUUAUGUUUUGUUUGUUUUUUUGUUUUUUUUUAAGUAAAAAUGAUGACACAGAGCUGACAUACUUCUUUUUUUUGUUUUUUUUUGUUUUUUUUAUGGACCAGCAAGUUGAUGUUUGGCUGCCAAAGUUUUCACCUUUUGUUUUCAGUUUUUGGAUCCAGAUCGUACCGUAGACAUGACCAGACAGCUGAGGAAUUGUAUAUGUGCACAUCUUGUGUUUUAAAAGGCUCAGCUCUCCAUCAGUGCUGUUCGAUUUCUUCUGUUUGGAUCGAACAUCAAUUGUUAGAAAUGCAGUUUUGAGAUUUUUAAUGAUUUUAUAAUUGGUCUUUUAUAAUUGGAAUUGUUCUGAUUUUUUUUUUCUUUCCUUCCCUAAAAAUGUCAAGCAUACUUUUACUUUGCAACUUCUUUCUGCUCUGGUCUUAGUAAUGGGUCUGGAGACAAAUAUUACAGAUGCUGUUUUCAACCUCUGAAUUCAGACACCAUCUGCAUUGCAGGCUGUCUCUCAAACAUCUUUUUUUUUUUUUUUUCUGUGCAUGUGUUUAAAUGGGAGGUGAUUGAAAGUAGCUUUAGGCACAUGAAAAGUUAGUUUCUCUCCUCUGUUUCUCAAGAAAUAAAAUCAAUUUUAAAAGUG